AUGGCACUUCCAGAACCUUUAAUAAGCGGAAACGACUUUUGGAAUCAAACGCGUCAAGUUUCUACAGACAAAGUAUCUCGUAUUAGGAAAAAAAAUGAUCCUUUACCUCAACCUCCUCAAGAUGAAGGUUAUUACUUACGAAUAGCUAUUAUAACUCUAGACAAACACCGUCGUGAUCCAGUUUUCAAAUUCAAAGCCAUUGUAUAUAAAAACAAUAAUAAUA